UUCUCAUUUAAUUUCCGGGGGGAACUUUAACUUGAUAUUUUUCCUUCCCGUUCCCCUUCCCUGUCCUCCUCUUCCUCCUCCUCCUUCUAAUUUUAGAGAGAGAGAUGCAGUGAGCUGGGGAGAGGGGCAGAGGGGGAAAGAGACAGAGAAUAUGUUAAGCAGAGAGAGAGAGAGAGAGAAUAUUUUAAGCAAGCUCCACGCUCAGCCUGACAGGGGGCUUGAUCCCAAAUCCCUGGGAUCACAACCUGAGUGAAAAUCAAGAGUUGGACAGACGUUCAACCACCUGGGCCACCCAGGUGCCCCUAACCUGAUCUUUCUAUGAGAACGUUCUAGCACAUGACAUUACAUGGUAUUUUAUCUGAAAUGCCCCAAAACUAUUUUGAAUUGGUUUGGGAAGUAGCAUAGUAUCUGGGAGGAAGCAGCUUCUGUUUUUCAGCAAAUAUGUUAUGAAGAAACUUUGAAAGUUGUCUGCAGUUGGGGUUCCUGGGAAUUAAUUAUGUAAAAGAAAGCAGUGAGGAAGGAGAAAGGCUAGUUCAUUUUGAUCUGUAAUAUCUAUAUUAUUGGUGUGUUAGGUUCAUUUUAUAUCAUUAUUUAUAUCAUUAUUCAUUUGGUAAACAUUUGAUCCAGUGUUGACUUCUCACCACCUGUCAAUUUUUACAUUGCGUGCAUGGAGAUUUUUUUUUGUUGCUGUUGUCAGUUUUAAUUAAAAAGGGAUCGCUCUUCCUCACGGAUGUAUUUUCACUACCUAAAAUAGUACUUGACUGUAAUAGAUGUUUAAAUAAUAUUUGUUGAAUGAAUGAACUCAGAUAAGAGAUUCUAUUUUUGUAGCAAGAUUGUGGUUUUUGAAAAAUGUCUCCGGUUUGUACCUAGAAAAUAGGUAAUAAUUAGAAAUCCACAAGCUUUUGUGAAGAACAUAUCUUUUCCAGAUUGAUGGUCUUAACUGUGGGUCCUGUCAGCUCAUUAUAUAGUAGUAACUAUAUAGUCACUUCAGUGAAGCUUUGUUUGGUGCCUGAAAACCUAAUUAUAAAUUGAUGUGAACUGGUUAGAUUAUAUGUUUCCAUUAGGUGAAUUUCACACUGGCUUUAAUGAUCUUAACUCUGAUUUUGCAAACUGCUGUAGGUUCUAAAUUACCUUGAGGGUUGUUAUUAUAUUUGUAUAAAGUUCUCAAAUGUAGUUAAAUCAUUUUAAUACAAUUGGCUUACAAUUUUUUCCUAAACUCUCCAGGUACCACUUAUAAUAAUGAAAAGAUACUACUAAAUACUAACCAUUGACUUAUUCACAGUCGCUUGCAAUUCUUUUUAGUAGAUCUGAUUCUACCCAGUGGGGAGCUGUUUUCAUUCCACUUUUAAGAUAACCUCAAAGAAUCACUAAUUAUAAAGAUGUAUACUAAACUAGUUAAAAUUAGAUUGAAUUAUAUUGGAAUUAAAAAAAAAAGUAUCCAAAAUUUGUAGGAGAUGCUCUAAAAUCAAAUGAAUGAUCUCCGUAUGUAACAAUUUUAAAGUGCUUGGAAAUAGCUGGGAUUUGUAGUGUGCUUAGUGGUUUGGCACUAACCAAUUUGUGGUUGUCAUGGCUAACACCCAGUAUAACAGAAUGGAGGAAAGUAGGCAGAUGCAAGCUAAAUGUAAAAUAAGACAAUGCAGUUUCAUUUGCUGAGGAAAACAGUAAUUCAAAACAAAUAGUUCUUUGGUGUUGUGUUAACAGAUAAAAAUCUCAAAGGCAGUCAUAAUGGCUCUUAAAAAUCAGCGACGUGAUGCUCUUUUUUUUCUUCUGUAGAUUGUGCUUUUGUUUAAACAAAUGGGAUGAUGAAUAUAUUCAUAGAAAAAUAGCUUGUAGCAAGCAACCUGAGGAAAUUGACACUCUAUUCCAAUUGGUUGGUGGACUACCAACCAUGGGGCCAUAUUUGGCCGUUGCCUGUUUUUGUAAAGCAAGUGAGCUAAAAAUGUUUUUUACAUAUUUAAAGCAUUUUCCCCCCCAGUAUUUUGAAGAUGUUACUAUACUGUCUUCUCAUUUGCCUUGUUUCCCAUGAGAAGUCUUUUUUGCUCCUCUCCAUGUAACUUGUCUUUUUUAAUCUGGUUCCUUUUAAGAUUUUCUCUGCCAGUGGUUUUGAGCAAUGAUUAUGAUGUGCUGUGGUCUAGUUUUCUUCCUGUUUUGUGCUUGAGAUUGGUUGAACUUCUUGAGUUUAUUGGCUUAUUUUCAUCAAAUUUGGAAAGUUUUCACCCAUUAUUUCUUCAAAUAACUUUUCUAUCCCCCAUUUCUUUCCUUGAGGACUCCAGUUAUAUAUUUUGUAAUUGUGUUACUUGAAGUCCUUCAGUUCACUGAUGUUCUUUGAUUUAUUUCUUUUUUCUCUGUAUUACAUUUUGGAUAAUUUCAAGUUGGCAGUUCUUGCCAUCUAUUAGUUAUUAUGUAUUUAUUCUCAUCAAACAUAUUUUCAUUUAGACUUACUUUUCAUCUUCAGAAAUUCAAUUUGAGUGAUUUUUACACCUUUCAUGCUUCUCAAGUUUUUGCACAUAUAGACUAUAGUUAUAAAAAUUGUUUUAAUGUUCUUUUCUGCUAAUUCUAACAUCUCUGUCAGUUCUGGGUCAUUUUGUGUUGAUUAAUUUUUCUGCCUAUGAUAGGUCAUAUUUUCCUUCUUCUUUGAGUGAUCAAUUUUGACUGACUGUUAAACCUUGUAAAUUUUUCCUUGUUAGGUGCUUCAUAUUUUUUCUAAUUCUUAUAAAUCUUGAGUUCUGGUUUGAGACAGUUUAAUUAUUUGGAAAUAGUUUAAUUCUUUCAAGUCUAGCUUUGAAGAUUUGUUAUGUGGGAUAAAAGAAGUGUUUAUUAUCUGAUUGUUCCCUACUACAUAGCCAAGACUUUUCUAACCACUGCACGUGAACCAUACAGAUUCUUAGUCUGGCUGUUAGGAACAGGCACUGCUCCCUGUCGUGUGUGCAUGCAAGGUCCCUUCCCUUUAAUUCUUUUGAGUAGUAAUUUCUUCACACACAUGCACCAGUCACUGCUUAUACCUACUACCUCAGGGGUUCCUUUGCCGAUCUUCAGAGUUUCUCUCUGUGUCAGGCCCUGUUUUCUAAUUCUUUUUGGUUUCCUUGGAUUCUGAGCUCUGUCUUUAAAGCUUAGAAUACUUGCCUGGAUGUCUCCUCUCAGCAGCAAGGCCUGGAAACUUUUUUUAAAUGUUUAUUUUGAGAGAGAGAAAGAGCGAGCAAGCGAGCACGAGCAGUGGAGGGGCAGAGAGAGAGGGAGAGAGGGAAUCCCAAACAGGCUCCACACCAUCAGCGCAGAGCCCAGCAUGGGGCUCAACUUCAUGAACAGCAAGAUCUUGACCAGAGCUGAAAUCAAGACCGGAUGCUUAACCCACUGAGCCACCCAUGCACCCCGGCCUGGAAACUUUCUUAAGACAAACCUUCUGACAACUUAAGGGAGAUUCUCCAAAAUGUGGCCAAAUUGCAAGGAGUAUCAAAUAUGAGAAAACUAGGCCAUCUGAAUAACUUUACUAAGCUUCUUUGUGAUAUUGGCCAUAGUGAAGAAAAAUUGGGUUUUAACUAUGAGGAUAUCAUAAUUUGUUUGCGGUUAGCUUUAUUGAAUGAAGCAAAAGAAGUGCGGGCAGCAGGGCUGCGAGCUCUUCGAUAUCUCAUCCAAGACUCCAGUAUUCUGCAGAAGGUGCUAAAAUUGAAAGUGGACUAUUUAAUAGCAAGGUGCAUUGACAUACAGCAGAGCAACGAGGUAGAGAGGACACAAGCACUUCGAUUAGUCAGAAAGAUGAUUACUGUGAAUGCUUCCUUGUUUCCUAGCUCUGUGGCCAACUCAUUAAUAGCAGUUGGAAAUGACGGACUUCAAGAAAGAGACAGGAUGGUCCGAGCAUGCAUUGCCAUUAUCUGUGAACUAGCACUUCAGAAUCCAGAGGUGGUGGCCCUUCGAGGUGGACUAAACACCAUCUUGAAAAAUGUGAUUGAUUGCCAAUUAAGUCGAAUAAAUGAGGCCCUCAUUACUACAAUUUUGCACCUCCUUAAUCAUCCAAAGACCCGACAAUAUGUGCGAGCUGAUGUAGAAUUAGAGCGAAUUUUAGCACCCUAUACCGAUUUUCACUACAGACAUAGUCCAGAUACAGCUGAAGGACAACUCAAAGAAGACAGAGAAGCGAGGUUUCUAGCCAGUAAAAUGGGAAUCAUAGCAACAUUCCGGUCAUGGGCAGGUAUUAUUAAUUUAUGCAAACCUGGAAACUCUGGGAUCCAGUCUCUAAUUGGAGUACUUUGUAUACCAAAUAUGGAAAUAAGGCGAGGUCUGCUUGAAGUACUCUAUGAUAUAUUUCGUCUUCCUCUACCUGUUGUGACUGAAGAAUUCAUAGAAGCACUGCUUAGUGUAGAUCCAGGCAGAUUCCAAGACAGUUGGAGGCUUUCAGAUGGCUUUGUAGCAGCCGAGGCAAAAACUAUUCUUCCUCAUCGUGCCAGAUCCAGGCCAGACCUCAUGGAUAAUUACUUGGCGCUGAUACUCUCUGCAUUUAUUCGUAAUGGACUUCUAGAGGGCUUGGUUGAAGUGAUAACAAACAGUGAUGACCAUAUCUCAGUUAGAGCUACCAUCCUCUUAGGAGAGCUUCUCCAUAUGGCAAAUACAAUUCUUCCUCAUUCACAUAGCCAUCAUUUGCACUGCCUGCCAACCCUAAUGAAUAUGGCCGCAUCUUUUGAUAUCCCCAAGGAAAAGAGACUGCGAGCCAGUGCAGCCUUGAACUGUUUAAAACGCUUUCAUGAAAUGAAGAAACGAGGACCUAAGCCUUACAGCCUCCAUUUAGAUCACAUUAUUCAGAAAGCAAUUGCAACACACCAGAAACGGGAUCAGUAUCUCCGAGUCCAGAAAGAUAUAUUUGUUCUUAAGGAUACAGAGGAAGCUCUUUUAAUGAACCUUAGAGAUAGCCAAGUCCUUCAACAUAAAGAGAAUCUUGAAUGGAAUUGGAAUCUUAUAGGGACCAUUCUUAAGUGGCCAAAUGUAAAUCUAAGAAACUAUAAAGAUGAACAGUUGCACAGGUUUGUGCGAAGACUACUUUACUUCUACAAGCCCAGCAGUAAAUUAUAUGCCAACCUGGAUCUGGAUUUUGCCAAGUCUAAGCAGCUCACAGUUGUGGGUUGUCAAUUUACAGAAUUUCUUCUUGAGUCCGAAGAGGAUGGGCAAGGAUACUUAGAAGAUCUAGUAAAGGAUAUUGUUCAGUGGCUCAAUGCCUCGUCUGGAAUGAAACCUGAACGAAGUCUUCAGAAUAAUGGUUUAUUGACUACCCUUAGUCAACACUACUUUUUAUUUAUUGGAACACUUUCUUGCCACCCUCAUGGAGUCAAAAUGCUGGAAAAAUGCAGCGUAUUUCAGUGUCUCCUUAACCUCUGUUCCUUGAAAAAUCAAGAUCACUUGCUGAAACUGACUGUUUCUAGCUUGGAUUAUAGCAGAGAUGGAUUGGCAAGAGUCAUCCUUUCCAAAAUCCUUACUGCAGCUACUGAUGCCUGUAGGCUGUAUGCAACAAAACAUUUAAGAGUAUUAUUGAGAGCUAAUGUUGAAUUCUUCAAUAACUGGGGAAUUGAAUUACUAGUGACCCAGCUACACGAUAAAAACAAAACAAUUUCUUCUGAAGCUCUUGAUAUUCUGGAUGAAGCAUGUGAAGACAAGGCCAAUCUUCAUGCUCUUAUUCAGAUGAAGCCAGCUUUAUCUCACCUUGGGGACAAGGGUUUGCUUCUCCUCCUGAGAUUUCUUUCCAUUCCAAAAGGAUUUUCCUAUCUGAAUGAAAGGGGUUAUGUAGCAAAACAGUUGGAAAAAUGGCACAAGGAAUACAAUUCAAAAUAUGUUGACUUGAUUGAAGAACAACUUAAUGAAGCACUUACUACUUACCGAAAGCCAGUUGAUGGUGAUAACUAUGUUCGUCGAAGUAACCAGAGAUUACAGCGUCCUCAUGUCUACCUGCCUGUACACCUGUAUGGACAACUGGUACACCACAAAACAGGCUGUCAUUUGUUGGAAGUACAGAAUAUUAUUACUGAACUCUGUCAUAAUGUUCGUACACCAGAUUUGGAUAAGUGGGAAGAAAUUAAAAAACUGAAAGCAUCUCUUUGGGCCUUGGGAAAUAUUGGCUCAUCAAAUUGGGGUCUCAAUUUGCUGCAGGAAGAAAAUGUGAUUCCAGAUAUACUAAAACUUGCAAAGCAGUGUGAGGUUCUUUCAGUCAGAGGGACCUGUGUAUAUGUGCUUGGCCUCAUAGCCAAAACCAAACAAGGCUGUGAUAUUCUGAAAUGUCACAACUGGGAUUCUGUAAGGCACAGUCGCAAACAUCUGUGGCCAGUGGUUCCAGAUGAUGUAGAACAACUCUGUAAUGAACUCUCAUCUAUCCCGAGCACUCUGAGUUUGAACUCUGAGUCAACCAGCUCUAGACAUAAUAGUGAAAGCGAAUCUGCACCAUCCAGUAUGUUCAUAAUGGAGGACGACCGGUUUGGCAGCAGCUCUACUAGUACAUUUUUUCUUGACAUCAGUGAAGACACAGAGCCAGCAUUUUAUGAUCGGCCUGGACCUAUAAAGGAUAAAAAUUCCUUCCCUUUCUUUGCUUCUAGUAAACUUGUGAAGAAUCGUAUCUUAAAUUCGCUUACUUUGCCUAAUAAAAAACAUCGUAGUAGCAGUGAUCCAAAAGGAGGGAAACUGUCAUCUGAAAAUAAGACAAACAACAGGCGGAUCAGAACACUUACGGAGCCCAGUGUCGACUUUAACCAUAGUGAUGAUUUCACACCCAUGUCCACAGUACAGAAAACAUUACAAUUAGAAACUUCAUUCGUUGGGAAUAAGCACAUUGAAGACGCUGGUAGUACUCCAAGCAUUGGAGAGAAUGACUUAAAAUUCACCAAGAGUCUUGGUACAGAGAAUCACAGAGAAAACACAAGCCGAGAGAGAUUAGUUGUAGAAAGUUCAACAAGCUCACAUAUGAAGAUACGUAGCCAAAGUUUUAAUACAGACACUACAACAAGUGGAAUAAGUUCAAUGAGCUCCAGUCCUUCACGAGAGACCGUAGGUGUGGAUGCUACGACUGUGGACACAGACUGUGGCAGUAUGAGUACUGUGGUAAGUACUAAAACUGUUAAGACAAGCCACUAUCUGACGCCACAGUCUAACCAUCUAUCUCUCUCCAAAUCAAACUCAGUGUCCCUGGUGCCUCCAGGUUCUUCUCAUACGCUUCCUAGAAGAGCACAGUCCCUUAAAGCACCCUCUAUUGCUACAAUUAAAAGUCUAGCAGAUUGUAACUUUAGUUACACAAGUUCUAGAGACGCCUUUGGCUACGCUACACUGAAAAGAUUACAGCAGCAAAGAAUGCAUCCAUCUUUAUCUCACUCUGAAGCUUUGGCAUCUCCAGCAAAAGAUGUGCUGUUUACUGAUACCAUCACCAUGAAGGCCAACAGCUUUGAAUCCAGGUUAACACCAAGCAGGAUCGAUUUUAAAAAGAAGCAUGUCGGGGGAAUCAGGAGCUUAAGACCUACAAUAACAAACAACCUUUUCAGGUUCAUGAAAGCUUUAAGUUAUGCGUCAUUAGAUAAAGAAGACUUACUGAGUCCUAUUAAUCAAAAUACCCUGCAGCGAUCCUCAUCAGUGAGAUCCAUGGUGUCCAGUGCAACAUAUGGUAGUUCAGAUGACUAUAUUGGUCUUGCUCUUCCAGUAGACAUCAAUGACAUAUUCCAGGUAAAGGAUAUUCCCUAUUUUCAGACAAAAAACAUACCUCCACAUGAUGAUCGAGGUGCCAGGGUGUUUGCCCAUGAUGCAGGAGGUCUUCCAUCUGGAACUGGAGGUCUUGUAAAAAACUCUUUUCACUUGCUACGACAACAGAUGAGUCUUACAGAAAUAAUGAAUUCGAUCCAUUCAGAUGCUUCUCUGUUUUUAGAAAGUACAGAAGACACUGGAUUACAGGAACAUACAGAUGAUAACUGCCUUUAUUGUGUCUGUAUCGAAAUUCUGGGUUUCCAGCCCAGUAACCAACUAAGCGCAAUAUGUAGUCAUUCAGACCUUCAAGACAUUCCAUAUUCUGAUUGGUGUGAGCAGACUAUCCAUAAUCCCUUAGAAGUGGUUCCUUCUAAGUUUUCAGGGAUUUCUGGAUGCAGUGAUGGAGUGUCUCAAGAAGGCUCAGCCAGCAGCACCAAAAGCACAGAAUUGUUGUUAGGUGUUAAAACAAUUCCAGAUGAUACACCAAUGUGCCGCAUACUCCUUCGCAAAGAAGUUCUGAGAUUAGUCAUUAAUUUGAGUAGUUCAGUUUCAACUAAAUGUCAUGAAACUGGGCUUUUAACAAUUAAGGAGAAGUAUCCUCAAACAUUUGAUGACAUCUGCCUUUAUUCUGAGGUUUCUCAUUUGCUCUCACACUGCACAUUUAGACUUCCGUGUCGGAGGUUCAUACAAGAAUUAUUUCAAGAUGUACAGUUCUUACAAAUGCAUGAAGAAGCAGAGGCUGUGCUGGCAGCACCACCAAAGCCACCUGCAGUGGACACAGCUGCUGAGUCCUGACCUCGGUGCUCAUCGCGUGCAUAGAUGGACGCCAUAUAUACUCAGACUUGCCGAGUUCCUAACAAAAAGCCUCAGAAAAUGCUGACCGGCCGGCAAAGACAGGAGUAGCUUCUGUUCCAGCGAUCACUGGUACACGCACAGUUGGAACUGCGGACUUCCCCAACCGGAACAACUUCCUCUUGUCCCUGUUGAGCCCUCUGGGGGUUCGCUGUUCAUUACCACACUUUUAAGAAUUUUAGUUACCAUUAUAUGCAAGAGCCAAGCACUGAAUACCUAUGUAGGUUUUCUACUUUUUCCUUUUAAGAGCGUAACCACAGUGGAACAAUAAUAGGAUAUGCAGAAGCACCCUUCACACAGUUAUUUCUGAAUUCUUUUUUUAGGGUAAAUCUAAAGAUGCCUUGUUUGUUAACUAAUUCGUGGAAACCAGGAAUCGGUGUCUCUGAGGCUGCACCCCGUUACCACAGUGGGGUGUGCGAGAACUGCUGGUAUUAAAGCGGGAACUUUGGCCCUUCCGCAUCUUUCCUAAUGUUUGUAACACUACUUCAGAGGUUUGUAACCUCAAAGCAAAAGAAGAGCCUCAACAACCCAGAACUUGUAUAAGUUAUUUUGAUGUUACUAGACUUGCAUCACUCUUUGUUUGUUUUCUGUCUCUUCACUUUUGUUGCAGUGUGUUGUUAUAGGCUAUCCGAACCAAUUAAGGUUUUUCACUACAGUUCUUGAUUCAUAUCGAAACAUCAUUUUAUAAUUCAGUAUUUCCCAUUUGUAGAAUUGCACAUGUUUUCAGUGGACUUGUCAUUUGCAUCAACUUCCCAUAUCACCAUUUGAAACAGGAACCAGAGCGAGCACUAUUAAAUGAGACGUAAAGCAAAAGAAAGCAGUAACUUGACACUUGGGAUUUCCUGAGGAAGAGAUGUUUGCCUCCGAUUUACACAUUCCGUGGGAAAAGAAGAGCCAUAUUUCCUUAAAAAAAAAUCAUUAAUGCAACUUUAAUUAUGAUUAAAAAUUGUAGUGAAAAGCCUUAAGUACCAAAUUUUAAAGCAGCAGUAAUUUAAUUUUUUUAUAUCAGUGUUCUUGUUUUGCACAAACUAAAUGCGGUGAUAGGUGAGUUUAUCAACACAAUUGCCUUUAUCACAUUUGUGAAGCUGUUAAGUUGAUGAGGGCAAGGUUUUGUUUAUUUGUGUGUUUAAUUUGUAUAUGUUUAAAGAUGUUUGGAAAUCUUUACAGGAAUUAAACAUAUAUGCAAAUUUGUAUAUAAAAAUAGCAUGGCCAUCACCAUUAGAAUGCUUGUAAAUGAAAGGAUUAUCUUUUUUGAGGUCUAUAUAUAAUAGAAAAAAAAAAUCCAGCUGGACUGAUUAGGACCCUUUUUUAAUUCAUUUGUUUAUACCAUUUUUACAGUUACACAUCAGCUUUGCCACACAGUACCUUGAUGAAUAUUUUCCCAUAUUACAGAUUGUUUUUAUAACGGGCUUGUUCUUUGAGAUCUCUGUAAAGAACCCUGUGAACUAGGAAACGUAACUCACAGAGAUACUGUGUUUUUUGUUUCGUUUUGUUUUGUUUCUGUUUUUUUAAUUUACUGGCACUGAAAGUUCCAUCCGGGAUGAAGCACUUCAUCUCACUUCAUAACGCCUCUUGACCGCGCUUCGUCCGGUGCGUUCUCACGUGCACCGUGCAGCAGCGUCACCGUCACAGCAGAGAAGGGCUGCGGGCUGCUGCUCGUGUUCAGAAGUGGUUCUUCGGAUUUGCUCUCAUAAAACCAAGUGACAAUAAAAUAUUGUUUUUCACUUUAA